GCUCUGGAGAAUGGGACUCUCAGCACUCCCUGUCUCAAUCCAUGUCUCAAUCCAUGUCUCAACAAAUGUAUCGCACCGGAGAAGGCAAGGAGUUGCAAUGCUCCAUCUGUCGGGAGAGGGUUGAGAGGGAUUCCAACGGCAAUCCCUUUAUGCCGUGUGAUUGCGGCUUCCCUGUCUGCCGCGCCUGCUACGAGUUCAUUCGCGAGCAAGAAGGCGGAAGAUGUCCACAAUGCCAUGAGCAACUCAAGUGGAUGAAAGGUAGCCCUAAACUUCCGACAGAUCCCGCUGAAGAGACAUAUAGAAAAAAACCUAUGAUGAUUGAUGGACAGGGAGCGGGAAGUUUCGACGGAAAAGAGGCGGAGUCCAGCGAUGCAGUGGGGGAGGCGCUGCUUUCCAUGCAGAUUUUGGAUCCUGCGAAGAACAUGCAAGAUUAUGGUUAUGGUAGCGUUCAUUGGGGCGAAGGGGAGAAAAGAGAAGGCAGAGACAAUAGGGACUUGCGGACAGAGAUAUCAGUGGAGGAAUCGAAGAGACCUCUUUCGAGAACUCUUCCCAUUCCGAAUUCUCUUCUUCAACCGUACAGGCUGAUGGUGCUCCUUCGCGGCGUUGUCCUAGCUUUGUUCUUGAGAUUCCGCUUGACGACUCCAAACUACGACGCCUUCGUUCUCUGGGUUAUGUCUGUCUCUUGUGAGGUCUGGUUUGGUUUCUCUUGGAUUCUCGAUCAAACGCCGAAGUGGUCUCCCGUCACGAGAGAGACUUACCUCGACAGAUUGUCGGCAAGGUUCGAGAGCGGACCCGUGAGCAAGCUUCUACCCAUCGACGUCUUUGUCACCACUGCCGAUGUCGAGAAGGAGCCUCCGCUUGUCACAGCGAACGUUAUCCUGUCUAUUCUGGCUAUCGACUACCCAGCAGAGCAGCUGGCGUGCUAUUUGUCGGACGAUGGUUCGGCGAUGCUCAUGUUCGAAACUAUGACGGAAACCGCGAGCUUUGCGCGCGCGUGGGUGCCCUUCUGUAAGAAGCACGAGAUUGAGCCAAGGUGUCCGGAAAUGUACUUCUCACAGAAAUUCGAUUACACAAAGGGGAAGACGUCACCCGACUUCAUCAAGGAGAGAAGGCACAUGAAGCGAGCGUAUGAUGAAUUUAAGGUGCGCAUAAACGCACUUGUUGCGAAGUCCAAAAACGCGCCGGCCGAGGGAUGGAGAAUGGCAGACGGGUCGAUGUGGCCAGGAAAUAAGAGAAGCGAUCACGUCGGCAUGAUUCAGGUAUUCCUGCAGCCCGAUGGGGAAACGAAGGACCUGGCGGGGAAGCCUCUCCCACGUUUGGUCUAUGUCUCUCGAGAGAAAAGACCGGGGUACGACCACAACAAGAAGGCGGGGGCCAUGAACGCACUGAUGCGAGCAAGUGGACUGAUUUCCAACGGGCCCUUCAUUCUUAAUCUGGAUUGUGAUCACUACGUUAACAACUCCAAGGCGCUGAGGGAGGCUAUGUGCUUCCUGAUGGAUCCCAACAGAGGUCACAAGGUUUGCUACGUGCAGUUCCCGCAACGGUUCGACGGUGUUGACAAGAACGAUCGAUAUGCUAACCAUAACACCGUCUUUUUCGACGUCAACAUGAAAGGACUUGACGGUGCGCAAGGGCCGUGCUACGUCGGAACGGGUUGCUGCUUCAGACGACAGGCAUUGUACGGGUUUGUUCCCCAACGUCGGGGAGAAGGCAGUUCAUGCUGCUGUUGCUGGCCGACCAAAAGAAAGGCAUCUGCUGAGAGGAAUCUUAAGAGUGCCAUUAUGCCAGGAGAUCGCGAUCGGGGUCGUGCAGAUAGGGAUGAGAGGGAUGAAGAUCAUGAAGAUGAUGAUGUGCGGCUGAUACCGACCCAGUGGCACGCGAAGAGGUUUGGCGCUUGCCCCAACUUUGUGGCAACUGUCGUUGACGCUGAAGGAGGUGUGCCGGAUGUUGAUCCGUAUCAGGUCCUCAGCGAUGUGAUCUUGGUGAUCUCGUGCGGUUACGAAGACGACACUGAGUGGGGGAAAACGGUUGGGUGGAUGUAUGGAUCAGUUACGGAAGAUAUUGUGACGGGCUACAACAUGCAUGUGAACGGAUGGUACUCAGUCUACUGCAUGCCCAAGAGGUCAGCGUUCAAGGGAACGGCGCCAAUCAAUCUUACGGAUCGACUUGGCCAGGUCUUGCGUUGGGCGUUAGGGUCCGUCGAAAUCUUCUUCUCAAGACACAACCCAAUCGUCUUCAACUGGUGCAAGCAUCUGAACUUCAUGCAGCGAAUGUCUCGUACUAAGCCUAAUCACAAGUACCGAACUCGUAUGGAGCGCCUCCGGCUGACAUCUUCUGGUGUCACGUUGGAGGAGUGGUGGAGAAACGAGCAGUUCUGGGUCAUCGGAGGAACCAGCGCUCACAUUGCAGCCGUCGUUCAGGGUCUCCUCAAGGUCGUUGCAGGUGUCGACACAUCGUUCACGCUCACAGCAAAGGGCGCUGACGAGGAGGACGAAUUUGCAGAGCUAUAUGCUUUCAGGUUCACCUGGUUGAUGGUUCCGCCGCUGACCAUCAUCAUCAUCAACGUCGUUGCGAUCUUCGCUGGUGUUUCAAGGGAGAUGUACCAGAAGGCCGACAGUCAGAACUGGGGUAAACUGAUGGGCAUGUGUUUCUUCUCAGUCUGGGUGCUGACGCAUAUGUACCCCUUCAUGAAGGGUAUGAUGGGCAAAAGUCAGAAGACUCCUACCAUCGUCAUUGUGUGGUCCAUCCUGUUAGCCAUUAUCCUUUCUCUCCUAUGGGUGAGGAUGAUCACUUAAGCGAAGCGCAAUCGUUAAGGCACCGUCUGUUCCUCCCUUCAUCGGGUAGUGGAGCAUCUUCCAACAGCAACUAAUUC